CUGUGGCGUCAGAUUCAGAAACUGAUGAUGAGGGAGUCUAUGGUGCUUGCACAGAAGCACCAAGGAAAAUGGAUGACAUCCAUGAUGCUAAAACCCAAAUGCUUGAGAAACCCACAGACAAUGAUGAUUGUGAAGAGCAGGCUACCUCCUUAGUACAUAACAAAAGUGCUGGUAAAUCUGUCAAUAUCCAUGAGGCUGCAACCCAAAUGGUAGAUACUGGUGUGUCGGACUCAGAAACUGACGAUGAGGGCGUCUAUGGUGCUUGCACAGAAGCACCAAGGAAAAUAGAUGACAUUCAUGAUGCAAAAACACAAAUGCUCCAGGCUCCAACAGACAAUGACGAAUAUGAGGAUCAGGCUACCCCAUCAAUAGCAAGCCAAACAACAGGAAAUUCUGUUAAUAUCCAUGAGGCUGUAACCCAAAUGGUGGAUACUGUUGUGUCUGACUCAGAGACUGAUGAUGAGGGAGUUUAUGGUGCUUCCACAGAAGCACCAAGAAAAAUGGCUGACAUUCAUGAUGCAAAAACACAAAUGCUUGAGGCAGCCACAGAUAAUGACAAUAUAGAAGAGCAAGCUACCAACUCGGUAGGAAACAAAACUGCAGGUAGAUCUGCCAAUAUUCAUGAGGCUGCAACCCAAAUGGUGGAUUCUGUUGCCUCCGACUCAGAAACUGAUGAUGAGGGAGUCUAUGGUGCUUGCACAGAAGCACCAAGGAAAAUGGAUAACGUCCAUAAUGAUAAACCCCAAAUGCUUGAGGGGCCCACAGACAACAAUGAUCGUGUACAGCAGGCUACCUCCUCAGAAGAAAACAAAACUGCAAGUAGAUCUGUUAAUAUCCAUGAGGCUGCAACCCAAAUGGUGCAUACUGUUGUGUCUGACUCAGAAACUGAUGAUGAGGGAGUCUACGGUGCUUGCACAGAAGCGCCAAGGAAAAUGGAUGACAUCCAUGAUGCAAAGACACAGAUGCUCCAGGCACCCACAGAUAAUGACAAUAUAGAAGAGCAAGCUACCAACUCAGUAGGAAACAAAACUGCAGGUAGAUCUGCCAAUAUUCAUGAGGCUGCAACCCAAAUGGUGGAUACUGUGGCCUCUGACUCAGAAACUGACGAUGAGGGUGUCUAUGGUGCUUGCACAGAAGCACCAAGGAAAAAUAAUGACAUUCAUGAUGCUAAAACCCAAAUGCUCCAGGCACCCACAGACAAUAAUGAAUAUGAGGAUCAGGCUACCCCAUCAAUAUCAAGCCAGACUAUAGGAAAAUCUGUUAAUAUCCAUGAUGCUGUAACCCAAAUGGUUGACACUGUGGCCUCUGACUCAGAAACUGACGAUGAGGGCGUCUAUGGUGCUUGCACAGAAGCACCAAGGAAAAUGGAUGACAUCAUACUGUUGUGUCUGACUCAGAAACUGAUGAUCGGGGAGUCUAUGUUGCUGGUUCAAAAGUACCACAAACUAAGGAUGACAUUCAUGAUGCUAAAACUCCAACACUUGAAGAAGGUACACAAAAAAAUAGCACUGAAGAUUUUGCUUCUUCGUCAAUUAACGCCAAAAAUUUUCAGGCUAAAAAGUGUAGCCCUAAAAAGAGGUUGUCUCUAUGUAGAAUGAAGAAGAAAGAUACAAGUAGUGCUGCUGCUUCUCAUUCAACGGUAACUCAAGGAAACACUGUAAAUGUUAUUGAUCCCGAAGAAGAUCUGUUUUCUGCAGCUACCCAGUUGAUACCUCAGCCUGUUGUAAACCAUGGUUCUUCUGGGGGCACAGAUGAAAAAGAUGAUUUCUGUUCUGCAGCUACUCAAAUUUUAUGUAGUCCUGGCCGUAGGAAGUCUGUACGUGGUGGUCAUUCUAAGACUGGAGAAGAUGCUUUUACUGCAGGUACAAAAACUUUACCUCAUCCACAACAAGAGAUGUCUGCACCUAGUGUUGAAUCUGUGGUAAAAGAGGAUAUUUUCACUGCAGCAACUCAAAUUUUGCCUAGCCCUUCUCGAACAAAGCCUUUAGCUAAUGGUCAGUCUAGGGAGGAAGAAGAUAUUUUCAGUGCAGCUACUCAAAUCUUGCCUAGUCCUGGUCCAACGAAGUCAGUUUCCUGUGACCAAGAAAAGAUCUGUAUUGCUGCUACUGAAGUUUUAUGCAGUCCAAGUAGUAGCAAGUCUAUACCUGCUGAGAAGUUAAAUGUGAAAAAUAGAACAUCAUCCAGCCCAAGUGCAAAGAAGAUUGAGAUAGUAGCAAUGCCUGUGGUCUCUAAAAGCCCUGGUAAAAUUCCACCUACUUUAGCUCUUAAUCUCAACACAAAAGCAGAACAGAGAGAAGUGUCAGACCAGAUAGAUGAGCACCCUCCUAAAGUUUCAAAUAUAAGACAAGUCAACAGAACUAGAACGACACGCCAAAGAAGUCAGCCCAAGAACUCGAAAAAUUUUAAAAUGUUGGGAUCGUCUUCUCCUGAGGCUGAUAUAGAAAACACAAGCUCAGAUUCUGUCAAAUCUAUUGAUCAUAUGAUAGAUGAUGAUGAUGAUACUGACAAUAUUCAUGAUUUGGCUGUUAAUACCUCAAAGACUCUUCAGAAACCAACCAGUGGUACCAAGAAAGAAAAAAUUCUCUCCCCUGCAAUGUUAACUGCUUCUCUGAAAGCAGUUAGUCCUAUCAUUGGCCGAAGCUCUGGAAGAAGAAGCUUAUCCCUGUCUCGAUCUCGCUGUAGCAAUGUGUCCGAGUUUGAAAGUUCAACCAAAGAUAAAACUACAGAUUUACAUUUAAGUGAUUCUCAAGCUAGCUCAAGUGCGAUUUCUCAACAUAGGGUAUCAGGAGUGACACCCCUAAUCUCUGUGACAAGUGACACGGCAGCUGAUCCCCUGCCUUUGGAGAAUGGAAGUUUUGAAGUCAAAAAGGAAAGAUUGAGAAGAAGUGUCAGGAAUAAUCAGAAUAUUGCAUUUAAAAUGGAAGCAGAUGAGAAGCUCGCAAGUAAUGACUGUUUAUCUGAGGAAAUUUGUAAUUCAAAUGAAAUGACUACUUCUAUUCUCAAGUUAAAACCAGACGCUGGAUCAAGUCGUAAAUCUGUAAGUUUUGUAGCAUCUAAUACAGUGGCAUCUAUGGAAAAAGUUGAAAAGGACAAAAAGUCACCUAAAAGUGAGAAUAUUAAGAAGACUUCAAGCAGUUCACUUCCAAUUCACAUACAAUGUGGUAAAAAUGAAGUACCUGAUGGCAAACUGAAUGAGGAUCAUGCACCACCUCUCGCAAAUGUUAAAUCCAAUAAAACUGGGAAGCAGAAAGGUUAUAGUAAGGCAAAUCAAGAAACUAGUAACCAGAAAUCUGACUCUCAAGACAGUUGUAUGUCUGAAAGAAUUGCUGAGGGUGAAAUAUCUGAACCUAAUAAAACUACCAAUAGGAAAUUGAGUCGUGAAAAGAAGCAGCCCGCUAGUCUUGAGAUCAAAAAGGAAUCAAAGAUUAAUGAUGAAUCAGUGGACUUUGCCAAGCCAAAACCUGCCCAGAGAAAUCAAAGAACAUCUAAAAGGAAGGCUGAAAAUGUUCCUUUGACCGAGGAAUUAUCCAGUCAAACAUCUAACAGUUCACAGGAAAGUAGUGCAUCAGAUAUUGGUACAAGAAGGUCAACUCGUGCCAAGAAACAGCGAAUCUCUGAGAGCUCGGAUGACGGUUCUAUUGCAGAAUGUCAGGCAAAGAGACCAAAUAAAUCAAGGAAAGCUAAAAAUGCAUCAAAUAGCUCACUGGCAAGUUCUUCAGAAAGCCUGACUUCCAUAUCUGAUGUUGAACCCCAAACAGCAACCAGAAAAUCAAGUCGGUCAAGAAAAUUACCGACAAAACUAAUUGAGGACACAACAGUGACUACUCAAGAGCAAAGUUCAUCUAGAACCACUAGUAGGAAAGGUACACAGAAUAAUACUGAAGGAGAAAGUAUUGAGAAGAAAGAAAGUAGUGUAAACUCAAUAACUGAUAGAGGGAGAGGUAGAAGAUCUAGUAACAAGAAACUUGCUGUUCCAGAAGAAGAGGAAACGAAAGUCAAAGGUGUGAAACGAUUACCUGCUCCAUUAUGUGAAAAAGACAAUGUGGCUGGACCUUCAAAAAUUUCAAGACGAAGCACCACUUUGAAACCUGUUUUAGAAACCACUGUGGAAAAUUCAGUUUUAGAUAAUAGCUUAUUGUCUUCAUCAUUGAAAAGAGGACAAGAUGAAUCAUUUGCUUCUGAUGUUGAACAUGAGGUAAAGUUUCCCAAAGGUCGUCGAAACAGUGUUGCUUCAAGCUCUACUAGCCCUCGGAGAAGUCCUCGUCCUCGUCAGCAGAGCUUAAAAGGAACGGCAACUAACACUGCUCGUGUGUUGUUUUCAUUCCUCAAUAAUCCAAGACAUGAAAGUUUGGUGAAGCAGCUAGGUGGUGUUAUUGUUGAUAGUGUGGAAUCAGCAGAUGUGCUAGUGACUGACAAAUUGAGGAGGACAGUAAAAUUGCUGUGCUUUCUGGGUAGAGGACUUCCGAUUGUUGGUCCUCCAUGGCUUCUACACUCGAAAGCGGCUGGCCGAUUACUUGACCCAUGGGAACACAUUCUUACUGACCAAGAGUCAGAAAUGAAAUUCAAUGCUAAUCUGAGUGAAUCCCUCAAGAAAUCUGGACAGAAUCCAAUUUCGCAAGGAUACCACAUAUAUGUCACAAAAAAUGUGAAACCAAUACCUGAAGAAAUCAAAGCAAUUGUCACUAGCUGUGGUGGAGUUAUUUUGCCAAGAGCUCCAUCAGCUUGGCCAGCAAAUAGCAAAGCUAUUUCAUGUGUUGAAGAUAAAACCACAUGGACCAAAUAUACUAAAAAAAUUCCAAUUGUGUCACCGGAAUGGCUGCUUGAAGGAGUUUUAAGACAGCAACUCAAUUUAGAAGACCAUCGUUUGAACUAGAUCUAACAUUUUAAAAAUUGAUCGUGAUUCUGUCCAUGUAAAUUUCUUUCAUGUAAAUUAUGUUUUUUGUUUUUUUGUAUUGUAAGGGGAGUUAUAAGAAUUGAGAUAUUAAAAGUGCCUUUACUUAGUA